AUGUCUCCUCCUCCCUUCUCAGCUCAAGAAUGGGACAUGGAUGCCCGGCGACCUAUGCCUUUUCAGUUCCCGCCCUUCCCAGACAGGGCACCCGUCUUCCCUGACCGUGUGAUGAGAGAGCCCCAGUUGCCCACGGCCGAGAUCUCCCUCUGGACCGUGGUGGCCGCCAUUCAAGCUGUGGAGAGGAAGGUGGAUGCCCAGGCCAGCCAGCUGCUAAAUCUGGAGGGACGGACGGGGACAGCCGAGAAGAAGCUGGCCGACUGUGAGAAGACGGCUGUGGAGUUCGGGAACCACAUGGAGAGCAAGUGGGCCGUGCUGGGGACCCUGCUGCAGGAGUACGGGCUGCUGCAGAGGCGGCUGGAGAACAUGGAGAACCUGCUGAGGAACAGGAACUUCUGGGUCCUGCGGCUGCCCCCCGGCAGCAAGGGGGAGGUCCCCAAGGUUCCGGUGACUUUUGUCGACAUUGCUGUGUACUUCUCUGAGGACGAGUGGAAGAACUUGGAUGGAUGGCAGAAGGAGCUUUACAACAACCUUGUGAAGGAGAACUACAAAACCCUCAUGUCCCUGGACGCAGAGGGUCCUGGGCCCAAGCCAGAGGCCCCAUCCCAGGCUGAGCCCAGGGAAGAGCCUUGCGUGUGGGAGCAGCGUAACCCAGAAGAGAGAGAAAUCCUGAUGGAUCCUGACACAGGAGCGGAGCCCCUGGUGCCUGCACAAGAUGCGUCUCAGGUGAAGCGUGAGGAAGCCCUGUGUGUCCGGGGUCAGCGGGGCCUGGAGGAAAGAGCUAUCCCCAUGGAGUCCAUUACCGACUCGCCAGCCUCUGCCCAGGACCUCCUGUCCCGGAUCAAACAGGAGGAGAACCCGUGUGUGUGGGAUCAGCAGGACUUGGCAGAGAGAGAUAUUCCAACGGACCCCAAUUCAGAGUCUCUGAUCUCAGCACAUGACAUUUUGUCAUGGAUCAAGCAGGAGGAGCAGCCGUACCCGUGGGGCCCUCGCGACUCAAUGGAAGGAGAGCUGGGAUUAGACUCUGGCCCCAGUGACAACCUGCUGCUGGUGAAGAACCCGGCCCCCGCCCAGCCGCCCCAGCCCCCCUACUCGUGCCCCGAGUGCGGCAAGAGCUUCGGGGUGCGCAAGAGCCUCAUCAUCCACCACCGCAGCCACACCAAGGAGCGGCCCUACGAGUGCGCCGAGUGCGAGAAGAGCUUCAACUGCCACUCGGGCCUCAUCCGGCACCAGAUGACGCACCGCGGCGAGCGGCCCUACAAGUGCUCCGAGUGCGAGAAGACCUACAGCCGCAAGGAGCACCUGCAGAACCACCAGCGGCUGCACACGGGCGAGCGGCCCUUCCAGUGCGCGCUGUGCGGCAAGAGCUUCAUCCGCAAGCAGAACCUGCUCAAGCACCAGCGCAUCCACACGGGCGAGCGGCCCUACACGUGUGGCGAGUGCGGCAAGAGCUUCCGCUACAAGGAGUCGCUCAAGGACCACCUGCGUGUGCACAGCGGGGGCCCUGGCCUGGGCGUUGUGAUCAAGGGAAGCAACCAGGGAGUCUCGGAAGCCCGAGAUCAGGAAAUCGGGUCCCAAGGCUGA